UGAAUAUUGUUCUUAUGAAGAUUUAGAUUUCAGCAAAUGCUUUUUCUGAGUCUAUUGAGAUGAUCAUGUGGUUUUGUUCUUUAUCAGUAUGGUGUGUUAUUUAAUUGCCUUCAACUAUUAAAGCAACCCUGAAUUGCUGAGCUAAAUCAAUCCCUCUUGUUCAUGCUGUAGAAUCUUUUUACAUGGUGUUGGAUUCAGUUUGCUAGCAUCUUUGUUGAGAGUGUUUAGGCCUAUACCAGAAGGGGAUUUGGGGCUGGGGAUGUCACUCAGUUGGUAGACUGUCUACCUAGCAUGAUGAAGCCCUGGGCUCAAUCCUCAGCACUGCACAAACCAGGAUGGUAAUCCUAGCAUGGGGUGGAGUCAGGGAGAUCAGAGAGUUUGUAUAUGGUUAGUGUUCUUGGAAUCUAAUACUGAAAGGCUGAGUUAGUUCAGUUGCAACAGCAGGUGGUUAAAACAGCUUGGACUAAGGUGAAUUCUUCCGGGCUUGGGUUACUGGAGUCUGUACAGAGACAGACACAGAAGGUGGAGGACAGAGCAAAGCCACAGAAAGGUUGAGGGCAGGGGUAGGACUGCGUUAGGAAGGGCGUAAGUGUUGCCAGGUGUGAUAGUGUACAGCAGUAAUACCAGUACUUGGGAGGCUGAGGCAGGAGGAUCCCAAGGUAGAGAGGAUAGCCUGGGCUACAAAGUGAGACCCUCUCUCAACCCCACACCCCCCAAACAGGCAGAAUCGUGUCCAUGACGUUUAGAAUAAAGAAGUGAUGGGGAUGGCGGGUUGUGAAAGGUAAUGAGGGGAAACUGGUGGAGGCAGAAGAGAGGCUUGCGAAGGGGAGAGAUGUGACCUGCUGAGAGGCAGUGGAGGAGGGGAGCCGCAGGGUGGCUGAGGAGGCGGCUUAGUGUUCUGGGUAAGAUGACAGAUGCAUCCAGUGCACCUGGCAGCCAGAUGCUUUGAGUGAGAAAACUGCAGGGACUUCAAGGCUGCAUGCAGUGGGAAGUGGUCUGGAGAGCUUGCCUGACACAGAGGCUUGGAAACCAGGGAGAAGUGCCUAGUGUGGGCAGCUGGGUGGGCAUGGAGCCUGAGGAGUAUAUCAGGGCUGCCACUGAAGGGCAAGUGUGGCCCAUCCUGGGGGCAGCCUGUAUUGUGGUGGAGAUGGAGGAGGAAGGAUGCCUAGGCGGUCAACAAGGGCUUUACCAGCCUUGGGCAGCCAGGGACACUUUUCUGGGACUGGUACCUAGAGUAACCCAAGUAGUUGAGAGCUGCCAAGGGCUGGACCCUUCACUCCUUGGGGGAGUUCUGUCUGGAGGGAGAUCCAUGGGGUGAUAUUGGCAAGGUGACAUGAUUGGGGUUCUAGCAGAGGAAGUAGGGUACCAUUUUACAGAAACUCAUAUCCAAGGGGUGAGCUGGAUGGAGAUCCACAGGUGGGAACUUCGGGAUCCUCUGUGUUGGGGAUGUGAGCCGGACUUCCUCAUUUGCAUCGGUGGCUUCCUUGUUCGUCUAGAUGGCUCUUGAUUCUGGACUGUAUAGGCACAAGUUUCCAGUACUGGUAGCCCACCACCCUCAGGGCAGUGGGUGGAGAAACUGACGUGCGGAGGGGCGGGUCUGCUUCCUCACCUGGCCCCUAGCCCUUACCCCGCCGCCCACGAGGGGAGGAGCCAGCGGCCGCCCUGGCCUUGGGGCUCUACAAGCAUGGCGGGCCCGGGGUCGCGGCCACGGAGCUGGGGCUGGCGGGAGACUGGCUCUGGGGACGAGGCUGCGGCCGGUGUGCCCGGCCCGGGACUAUGUCGCUGCGCACAAGGGAGGCGGGCGCUGGCCGCCCCCCGGAAGCCGGCUGUGCCCGCCGCGUGGACAUCCUUCAUGGAGGCUGAGGAAAUGCAUUGGCCUGUCCCCAUGAAAGCCAUUGGUGCCCAGAAUCUGCUGACCAUGCCUGGUGGUGUGACCAAGGCUGGCUACCUGCAUAAGAAGGGUGGUACCCAGCUGCAGCUGCUCAAAUGGCCUCUACGCUUCGUGAUCAUCCACAAGCGCUGCAUCUACUACUUCAAGAGUAGCACAUCUGCCUCUCCGCAGGGUGCCUUCUCCCUGAGUGGCUACAACCGAGUGAUGCGGGCAGCAGAGGAGACGACAUCCAACAACGUCUUCCCAUUCAAGAUCAUUCACAUCAGCAAGAAGCAUCGCACGUGGUUCUUCUCAGCCUCCUCUGAGGAUGAGCGCAAGAGCUGGAUGGCCUUGCUACGCAAGGAAAUCGGCCACUUCCAUGAGAAGAAGGAGCUGCCUCUAGAAACCAGUGACUCUAGCUCAGACACGGACAGCUUCUACGGUGCAGUUGAACGACCUAUAGAUAUCAGCCUCUCUCCAUACCCCACAGACAACGAAGACUAUGAACAUGAAGAUGAGGAUGACUCGUACUUGGAACCUGACUCCCCGGGGCCCAUGAAGCUUGAGGAUUCCCUGACACAUCCACCAGCCUACCCACCACCCCCUGUGCCCGUACCUCGGAAGCCAGCCUUCUCUGACUUGCCCCGUGCCCACUCCUUCACCUCCAAAAGCCCAAGCCCCUUACUUCCACCCCCACCCCCUAAGCGAAGCCUUCCAGAUGCUGGCCCUGCCCUUGAGGAUGUUAAGAAGGACCCAUUGGGCUUGAGGCGAAUAGAGCCUGGCCUCAGGGUGCCUGCUACCCCUCGGAGGAUGAGUGACCCUCCACUGGGCAAUGCACCCACCGUGCCCAGCCUCCGGAAACCUUGCUUCCGAGACAGCGUGAAUCCCAGCCCGGAACCCUGGACCCCUGGCCAUGGGACUAGCUCCGUCUCCAGCUCUGCCGCCAUGGCUGUUGCCACCUCAAGGAACUGUGACAAACUCAAGUCCUUCCACCUGUCUUCCCGAGGGCCGCCCACGUCUGAGCCCCUGCCCGUGCCUGCCAAUAAGCCCAAGUUCCUGAAGAUAACUGAAGAGGCCUCCCCGAGGGAGGCAACCAAGCCUGGACUCUUUGUGCCCCCUGUGGCCCCCAGGCCUCCUGUGCCGAAGAUGCCCAUCCCUGAGGCUACAGUUCGGCCUGCAGUGCUGCCUAGACCAGAAAAGACACCCAACCUCCAGCGAUCCCCCCCUGAUGGACAGAGUUUCAGGAGCUUCUCCUUUGAAAAGGCCCGACAGCCCUCACAGGCUGACCCUGGCGAGGAGGACUCAGAUGAGGACUAUGAGAAGGUGCCGCUGCCUAACUCCGUGUUUGUCAACACCACAGAAUCCUGCGAGGUAGAAAGGUUGUUCAAAGCUACGAAUCCCCGUGGAGAGCCUCAGGAUGGGCUGUAUUGCAUCCGGAACUCCUCCACCAAGUCAGGGAAGGUCUUGGUCGUGUGGGAUGAAUCCUCGAACAAAGUGAGGAACUAUCGCAUCUUUGAGAAGGACUCUAAGUUCUACCUGGAAGGUGAGGUUCUGUUUACAAGUGUGGGCAGCAUGGUGGAGCACUACCACACUCAUGUGCUGCCCAGCCACCAAAGCCUGUUGCUGCGGCACCCGUACGGCUACACUGGGCCCAGGUGACAUCCGUUCUACACAGCUCUUGGGUGGAAGCAGCCACGGGGCCACAGCCCUGCCACGCAGAUGGAGACCGGCUUGCAUGGGAAGAUGAGCAGGAAUGGGCUUGACGCCAGACCUCAUCAACAAGACUCCCGGCCUCAGUGAACAGGCUGGGUCCCAGGCUGGAGCAGACCAAACUCCUGGAGGACUGGCUGGCUGAUGUGGCCCAUCCAGCCCCUCCAUGUCCCACCUCUCAAGAAUCCAGGGCCGACGACUAAGCGCUGCCUGGGCUUCGACAACACAAAAUCCGGUCCCCAUAGCAUACCCAUCUGUAGUGGGGGCUGGGACCAAGCAAGGCUGGGGUAGUUGGAUGGGGCCGAAGGCUGGUCCUAGGACCCAUAGGAAUGCUAAGACACAGGUUCAAGGAGGGACCAUCGCCUCUUAAUAAAUCAGAGAUGACUUGUCUCAAUGGCCAGGGUUUGAUUGGCACUGAGGGAAGAGCAGGCUCUUCUGAGCAUCACCGAUGUCCGGGUAAAGAGCUACUGACAGCGGCCCUGAUGGGUGUCUUCAGUCUUCUAGGGCGCAGGCUGCUAAGUGAACUGACUGGGGGACAUAACUAAAUAAUAGAUGAGGAUCCCUCUGGAACAGUGUUGGCUGAGAACUUCAAAGCCCCAGUCAGGUAGCAGUUACUGAGUGCCUCCUGGUGACUGGCCUGGUGCUGGAGCUGGUUGUAGGCUGUGAGCAGCCCCUAGUCCGGCUUGGCAGAGCUUAGUCUAGAGCAGGUCAGUGGGUAGGAGGUGCUGGUGAUGGUGCAGUGUUCUGGGAAGCUGUGCAUGAAGGAGCCAGGAGCUUGGAAUCCAGUGGGAGGGUCUGGGAAGACUUCUUACAGGAAGUGCUGGCUAGAGUGAAGUGGGGAGAGUGGGGUCUGGAUGGGACAAGGAUGGGUGGGGAUAGUCACAUCCAGGUGCCCAAGCAGUUGGGGUGGUCCCAAUUGGUCCCCUCAUGAAAUUCUGCCAGGCUACACCCUUUGUACAGCCAUUUAGAUUGGACUUUUUUGUGAAAAUAAAUGCAUCUGGAGGUCAGGGCUGGCAAAGACCUUGGCAUCAUCUGGCCUUCAUUGUACUUUAUGUUGGA